UGAUAGUCAAAUCGAACAGAACACUGGGACUUCAGUCCUGAUUUACGCCGGCCGGACCAGGAUCCGUGUAGCUACCGCCUACUGCAGCUUUGGCCUUCGGAGGACCAUCCGGCUCUCUCUCGUGCGGCAACUCGGCGACCGCCGACGCCGACGCCGACGCCCUACGCCGAGGUUCCCGGAUUUUUGUCGGUCCCUUCGCCGGCCUUCGUCGCGUCCUUGCCGGCGACGAGCACCCACCACCACCAGUGUUUGUACACCCAUGUGCUUUACUAGGUCCGCCCCUGGAGAAGACUGGGAUAUUUUGCAUACACAAAGGAUCAUCUAAUCUUGCCUCCUGGAGGUGUAGAGGACAUUCAGUUUCCUUCAGUUCUUGGAUAGCAAUGGCAAGUGAAUUUCCUGAUGAAGUUCUUAAGUCUGUUUUCCCAUUAUUGGAUGGGAAAGAUCUAGUAUUCUGCAUGCUUGUAUGUCGUCAAUGGCGUGAAGUUGCAAAGGAUGAUUACUUCUGGAAAUGCAUUUGCUCGCGGAAGUGGCCGUCCAUUUGCAAACUGCCCCCUUCUGACACAAACUACAAAAAGCUUUAUUUAACCUUCUCCAAGCCACGGGAGAUGCAGAACCUUCCUGUACCAAGGCUCACAUUUGAGGAUAUUGUUUUCUAUAUUGAUAUGUGGCUUGAAGGAUCACUCAUCUUUUCUGAAGCAGUUUCAGGCUCCACCCUCCGAGCAGGCCUACACUGCGCUCCCCAUGGCAUUCCAGAUAUCCUUGCAGCACAUUUGAAUUCCCAAGACUGCAUCCUGAUGCUUGAAGUGGAGCCCAAGUUGGAAAUUCCCCUGGGGCCAACCAUCACUAUAUCUGUUCUUGCCCACCGCAAGGAUUCAAACAAGAUGGCUUGCAUCAUAAAUAAGUCAACAUUUGAUUACAUUGACAGUAAUGCAUCACGCUCACUGGCUUAUGAGUAUCUCAGGUUUUCACCCAGACACCCAUUCAUAUCUGACAUUCGGGCAUGGAUGUCAUUGCUUUUCCUGUACAAAGGAGCAAACAUCAUUGAGGUAUUUGGUAUUGAGCUAGAUUUCUGUGACGCAGCAAGGUCAGAGAAUGAAAUCUUGUGGCUUCUAGAUAUGCUUGAUUGGAAAUAGAAGUUUUUCCCCACAUUGGGAGUUGACACAUGUAAAGCAUGUUCAUGGUUGUCUUAUCCUUUCCUGUUGGAGCAUGUAUGCUACUGAACUAUAUAAUCUCCUGGAAAAACUGGAAUAAAUAUCACUUGCUACUCCAUGUGCUAACAGUUAUUUCGUA